UCUCCCAGGCUCCCCACAGACCCAGAGAUGCUUUCAGGAAAUGCCAUUAUUUUUCUAACCCUGGUCUGGGGGAUCCGUGAGGGGCAGACCACCUCCCAGAUUGCAGAAUGUGGUUUUGCCUGUUCAGAGGGUGUAUCCUGCAAGAACAAAGUGAACAGGAACAUUAUGAGCUGUUUCUGCCAGCAGCCGCCCCCAUCAGUGACGCCAUCCAUCCUGAAAUCCCUGAUGCUGUCCACAGCCGUGAAGUGUGUCCGCAGAGGGGCUUGUGCUCUGCAUUUGAGUGUCAGCGCCAGCCUCAUCAUGGAAGAAAGCCUUCGAGGCCUGGAGAUCUGCCUGCUGUCCCUGGACACACAGGAGACAAGAUGUCACAGCACCAAGUUUCCCAAGGGCUCCAGUAGGAAGAUGGCAGGCAGAAUGUUCCAGGUACACUUCGACUGUUUUGAGGUCAGCGUUGCUCAGCACCUCUACGUCACCCUGAAGACCUUCCCCUAUUACUGUGGGGUCCAGAUCAGCCGUGAAUACCAUGUGGAAGAUUGUACAGAUGCUCACGUGGGAAGAAACAUCUCGGCGUGCUUUGCUGGGAGGCUCAAAUACAAUGUUAACCAUGCCCAGAAGGCCAUUGAGGUGCACUUUGCAGACAGCCCCAGGGAUCAGGCCUACUAUGUGCGGCUGUGUCUCAAAUGGUUUGCCUGUGAAGACUACAGCCCACCAGUGCUGGUGAAUGAAGAGCAGCCUGGGAAGUCGGUGGCCCUGAAGUAUUCACAGCUGCUGCCUUGUCUGUGUGUUGAGGGCUGGGCUGCUGUCCCUGAUGCAGUGAGAAUCCAGAUCUGCCCCUUUGAAAAUGACACCAGAAUCCUGUGGGAUUACAUCUUCUACAACCCCUUCACUCAGUCCCUGAGCUGGGAGCCCCCCUGCCCUGUCCAGGGUGAAGUCCACCUGUGUGGGAUGUCAAAGAUGAGCAACCUGUGCUGGGAGCUGAACCGAACAGGCCGAACAAUACCAGGCAAUGUUCACUACUUGCAAGUGGACCCACAGCCAUGGCUUUGCAUGAAGUUCAUAACCCUGCAAGGCUCUUGGGUGAGAUGUCCCUUUGCUGAUGGAAACUUCCCAGGCUGGAAGAUGAAGAUUCAUCAGUUACCAGACAAGUUCCGAGCCUCCUUCAUCUCCAGGAGCCCAGCCCGCUUCCAGGUGCAGCUCUGCAACCGGACAGAGCCUUUCCAUUGCCAUGUGCUUGAGACCAUCUCUGUGGGAUCACAGGGAGAUACAGACGCUAUAGCCCACGUUGACAUCCCAGAGGCGGAAGUCUGCUCCCCAGACAUCUGCAUCCAGGGUUGGAGGACAGAUGUGCAUUACUCAGUUCCUGCCCAGAUGUGUGACAUCAAAUGCAACAGGUCCCAUAAGAAAAAGCACAGAAGAGAGCAUGACUCUGUCAUCACUGUCCACAAGUUGGAAAGAAGAGCUUCUGCAUCCCCCUAAGGACAGAAGCCAGAGCUGGAGCUGGAACUCAGGGCCUGCCUCCUUUGCCGGUAGUCUGGACUCUUCCAGGCAGCACCAGAGCCUCCC